ACGUCAGUGCUAUAAAUAUCAUGGACCAAGAACACGUGUGAACAACGUCAUGUCAACAUGAAUAUGACGUCAUGUCAACACGAAUAUGACGCAAUUUUCCUCAUGACGUUCCCCUGUGACGACAUGGAGACAUGGAGGAUAAACACAGCUGGAAUCAAGCCCGGAUGCCAUCGUUCAAAAAUCUUCAGGCUGAAAGGCAAAGAAAACUCCAAAGUUUGCUUCAUAAAAGAGUUUCGAAACCGACUCAAAUACCACUAUUUUCGGAAAAGACUCGGCCAAGCACCAGGUCUGACUCUGCGUGGAAGGAAGGAACACAUCAGAGGCCAAGCACCAGGUCUGACUCUGCUUGGAAGGAAGGAACACAUCAGAGGCCAAGAACCAGGUCUGACUCUGCUUGGAAGGAAGGAACACAUCAGAGGCCAAGAACCAGGUCUGACUCUGCUUGGAAGGAAGGAACACAUCAGAGUCCAAGCACCAGGUCUGACUCUGUCGGGAAGGAAGGAACACAUCAGAGGCCAAGCACCAGGUCUGACUCUUCCUGGAAGGAAGGAACACAUGAGAGGCCAUGCGCCAGGUCUGACUCUGUCGGGAAGGAAGGAACCCAUCAGAGGCCAAGCAUCAGGUUUGACUCUGUCGGGAAGGAAGGAAGAUAUCAAAGGCUACAGUGGCAUGAGAGAAAGAGAAAGUCUCAAAGUCUUGAUGUCAAUGAGAGAAGCAGAACAACAUCAGGACAGCCUUCUGAUAAUAUGAGAGACUUUUUGAAGUUGCCAUUUCUCAAGAGUUCAGAAGAAUCUCGACGGUCGUUCGAGGUACGGCAACUCUGGAUUAAAGCAUUUAAUUUUGUUCGGAUUAGCAUCAGAUGCGCUAAGUACAUCAAGAAACGGAGCGAAAAAAGAAUACAAAGGUCUGUGAAGCUGAAGAAGAGCUUAAUGCAAGCUGUAUUAUCCCAAAAGGUGCGGAAAACCUGGGAGAGAGCAGGUCGUACUCUUCGCUUUGCUUUCAGAAUAGCCAAAGUCAUGGCAAUUCGGUCGCUGGAGAUUGAGUUGAACUUGAAGACAUUUACCGACCUUGUGUACCAAGAAGACCAAGUUUACAAGAAAGUUGGGAAACCCAAGAAGAGUCUAGCAAGCAAUGUGAAAGAGGCCACCUUGACCCUGAAAGCGCAGGCCAUCAUGUUGCUACCGCCGUCUGAGAGGACACAAGAGGAAUGCUCCUUGGUGCUGUGCAAUCUGCAGUUCUUCGACAGCUUUCGGAUGUAUCCGCUGGACAUUCAGAAAAAUAUCGUCCUUCGUGGACAUUUUAUUGCGCUGCCGCCGGGACGUGUUCUCAUCCGCGAAGGUCAUGUUGCCCAAAAGUGGUAUUUGGUGAUCAGCGGCCAAGGUCUGGUGCGGAAGACGGUACAGGAAGAUGGCCCCUGCAAGAUGACUGUGGACGUUUUGAGUCAAGGAAUGACUUUUGGGGAAUCAGAGUUAGAGCAAGAAACGAAAAGAAGCUUCACCGUGAUGUCCAGACAAACGUUGCAUCUGAUCUCUCUCAGUAAAGCAGAUUACUUGUUUAUCUUCUGCAAAAGAAUGAAGACACGCAACCACAAUGAGCACCUGGAUUUUCUUCGGAACAUUCACUUUAUGAAGUACUGGCCCAUUGAACGCCUGAGGAAUCGCUCAUUCCUGUGCUACCAGGCCUACUUCAAGAUCAAUGACAUUGUGGCCGACAACAGCAGGGAGGCCAAUGCCAUCUGCAUUAUUCGCUCUGGCCGGUGCGUACUGACCAUGUAUGUAGAGGCAACCACGGCAUCCUGGAGGGAUCUAGAACUUACCCCUCCUCCUCUAACGGAAACUGAAAGUAUGACAGAGAUCCUAAAGAUCCAAAAGAAUAAGUGGAAGAAAGAAACGACCAAUGAGAAGGAAGGGGAAAUAAAUCAUACAGACACGAAGCAAAUAAAAAAGGAAACAAAGGGAAAGAAGCAGCAAAGAACUCGGCCUCUGCCGAGCUCUCGAUGGAACAAGACGUCCUCCCCGCCAUCUGCCAAACCCAGGAGCUUGUACACCAUCAGCAGUGACCCUGUCUUCAUCGAGAUCCAGACACUUUCAGCUGGAGAUGUUUUCGGUCUGGAGAACAUAAAAUUAUCCUUCAUAAAGGAAAAGCAAGAAACCUGCCCCGGCAGGCUUGUCCUGGUUAGUCUUGGAGCCGAGGUUAUCCUACUGUCCAAAAGUUUCUACUUAGCCUACUGGAACGAGAGCUGCCAACAGCAAGUGCUCCUCAACAAACCUUCUUACCCAACAAUAGAAGGCGCACAGACACAGUACCGCCGCCAUCUAGCCUGGGAUCUCUACACAAGGAAAGUGAAGGAUGAAUUAUUUGAAAAAUUUUCCAAUGAAGGCCUAAAAUAUCCCGGUCUCUAUUUCGACACCAGAUAUAAAUUCAGCUCUCUACAAGCCCCAUGUGUUGAGUAGAAACAGCAAUUCCUUUUUUUUCAGAUGGUUUCUGGACCACGUCAAUCUGUUAAACACACAGCUAGGAAUAUUGUGGCAACAUCAACAGAAAUCAUCCUUAAUUUUUUUAACUUGAGUGUUGGAGGCAACAUACGAGCAGGGCCACGUAGCCAAAUUUGCCUGAAAGGUUUGUUACAAUGAGUUACAAUAAGUCAUUGCAAGUGCAAACUGCAACAGAAUCGCACAUAUUCACUAAUCUAAGAAACAUUGUACAGAUAUAUUAGUGGAAAUAUUCAGCUACUGUGGUGGACUCCUCCAUGUCCACUUCAAUGUCCAGAAAAGAUCCUUCGUGACUGUCGUGGUUUCGAGCUGCUGAAGUUCAUGCCAGAGGAAUGAUGCGUCUGAGUAGAAUUACGAUGAAGACUUGCUUGACUGCACUCGUGCACCUCUGAAUGACAGACGGACGAAAGAAGCGAACCUGAAUGGAUGAGGACAAAACACAAGUGGAUGACAGAAAAUAUGAGUGUAGGACUGAAUAACGAGACAAACACAUCUGAGGGAUGUAAAAUAGACAAAUACGCCUGGAUGAAAGGUGAAGAUACAUCUGGAUGGACGACAGGCUUACCUCUGGAUGGCAGAAUAUCCACGCCUGGAUGAUGGACAAAAAAUGUCUGAUUUGCAGACAAUGAUGAACGUCUUGAUAAUAGAUGAUUUCAUUUGGAUGAUUUUUAUAUGACUUUUACACUUGAUGACAGGAAAAAUCCUUUGUAAUGACCGGCAACUGUGACUGACUGAGGGACAAGAAAUCACGAACCAUAACACAAUCGACAAAGACAUAUACUAACGCACAACGACGGUUACUUGAAAAGGCAUUUUGAAUAUUUUUUUAUUUUAGUAUUUAAGAAUUUACAACAUUGUAUAAUCAAAAUUGUUCGUGUCGGAAUGUAUACAUGAGACGUCAGUCAAAAUAUGGUGUGAAUGAUUUGUUUGACAUUGCUUGGAAAAGAAUGAAAAAAAAACAUUACGAAAGAAAAUAUUGUAUUUUUAACGGUGAAACCCUAACAGUGUUAAUUGAUUGUUAUAUUUUAUAUUUUAUAUAUUAUAUAAUAUAUAUUGAACUAUG